AUGACGCUAAUCGGUACCCUUCACCUCACAACUCACCAACUAAUCUUUAGACAUCCGCAAGAAGAGAUGUGGAUAUUAUAUCCGACAAUUCAUACAGUAGAACGUAGACCUCUGGCAUCUAAUGGACUUUGGCCUUUACUGAUCAAGUGUCGUGAUUUUGUAUUUGUUACUAUAUCUGUGCCAAGUGAACGUGAAGCAAUAGAUGUAUUUGAGAGUAUACAGAAAUUGACCUGCAUUAAAGGUUCUAUAGAGCAACUUUAUGCUUUCUUCUAUAAACCUCCAUCACUAACUGCAAAUGAUGGCUGGCAUAUCUAUGAUCCCCUGGUGGAAUUUGAUCGUAUGGGAGUUGGCAGUAAAACUCGCGCAUGGAGAAUAUCGUACAAGAAUAAAUCAUACGAACUUUGUCCAACAUAUCCACGGAUAUUGGUAGUUCCUGAUAAAAUUCUGGACAGUGUAUUAACACACGCUUGCAAAUUUCGUAGUAAAUGCCGGAUACCUACCUUAAGUUACUUGCAUUGGUCAAAUAUGGCUUCUAUAACGCGUUCUAGUCAACCUAUGGUUGGCCUUAAACAAAAUAGAUCCUUACAAGACGAAAAAAUUAUCGAAGCUAUUUUCCAAUCUACUGCCCUUCCCCCUACACCCUCCGGUCAACCGGUCUAUGGUUCGACAGCAACUAAUUUGAUUAUAGACGCUCGGCCUACUGCUAACGCCAUGGCAAAUGUGGCAAUGGGGGCAGGGACUGAAAAUAUGGACAAUUACAAAAAUUGUUCAAAACAAUAUAUGGGAAUUGAUAAUAUUCAUGUUAUGAGAGAAAGUUUAGGAAAAUUAGUGGAAGUAAUUCAAAAUGCAGAUGUUCAAGGUUUGCCUAUAAAAAAGCAUCACCUUGACAAGUCAAAUUGGCUAAAACAUAUUAGCAGUCUUCUGGAAUCUUCGCUUGUCAUUAUCAAAAAUAUUCAUGUGAACAGUUCACACGUUUUGAUUCAUUGCUCGGAUGGCUGGGAUCGCACUGCUCAGCUGACAUCAAUAUCAGAAUUAUGUCUGGAUCCGUACUAUCGUACCUUGCGUGGUUUUGAAGUAUUGAUCGAGAAAGAUUGGUUAUCAUUUGGUCACAAAUUUAGCGAUCGUUCAGGGCAUCUAUCAAAUGAACGAUACUUUAUUACUUCAAGUACAAAUGCGGCAAACAAUGCCUUUAAUUCGAUGCAAAAUAAAUUGAAGCAAUCACAUGUUCGCGAAAUAUCACCGGUUUUUCAUCAAUUUUUGGAUUGUGUUUUUCAAAUUCUCGCUCAGUACCCUGAAAGAUUCGAAUUCAAUGAACAUUUUCUAGUCACGUUGCAUUUUCAUUUAUACUCUUGCCAGUACGGAACUUUUCUUUUCAAUUCAGAAAAGGAAAGAAAUGAUUACAAAGUCAUGACUUCGACAUAUUCUGUUUGGGACUACAUUAAUUCAAAUAAAGAACAAUUUUUGAAUCCUUCCUAUGAUUAUGGAGCCAGAGACCGGGAAGAGAUGGGUGAUAAGGGAGUACUUUUCCCGGAAUCGGAUUGGAAGAAACUUAAAUAUUGGGCUUCACUUUUUGAUAAGCGAGAUGAGGAACUAAACGGGGAAGAAAUGGUUGAAGAAGCAAGUCCAAUAAUGGCCAGGUCACUAUGGGGGUCCGAUAGCCCUGUCCAGAGAUCAAGCUCACCGAUAGGGAUUUCCAAUGGAAUUCCUUGGAAUGAUGAACAAUCACAAACAAUAACUUCACGUAUCUCAAAAAAUUUAAAUCUAGAUAUAGAAGAUCCGUGGCGUGAUAACAAUACUCACGAAAACGACGAAUUAAUUUAUGAUGAACCAGUCAAAUCAUUGCAUCAUAAAGAAAGUAGCAACGAAUUAAACGCAAUGGUGCAAAACUUUGCAAGAAUAACACUUAAUUUGGGAGUACAAGCUGUUUCAAAUGUAGCUAAUAUAUUGGAUGCUGCCAGUGGGAAUCUUAAUAAUAAUACAAAUGAUAAUUCAAACGAUUUUGAUCCUCAAUCAUCUCUUGAGAAUCACGAGAGCAGAUCUGGCCUCCGUGAAAUGGUGUCAUUUUCUAAUAAAACAAAUAGCAUAACAAAUAGUCCUCCAUCAAAAUCCAACCCAUUUUCAUCUUUAAAAUCUUGGAACACUCUUUCAGCAAGUAUAGGAUUUCCAACUACAUCUCUCAAAUCUCGAGAAAACAAGAGGAAUACAUUCCCAACGUCAGAAAUCGCAGAUUCUGCUACUACCACUCCACCAAUUUCGCCACGGACCGAACCUCAUCCAUUAUUUUUGUAUGAUUCAUGA